AUGGUAUUGAGACCUUUCCUUUUACGAAGGUUGAAAAAAGACGUAGAAUCAGAAUUGCCUGAUAAAGUAGAAAGAGUGGUUAAGUGUAAAUUGUCCGCUUUACAAAUUAAAUUGUAUAUUCAAAUGAAAAAGCAAGGCGUUUUAUUUGUAAAUACUGGCGAAAUGGGAAAAACUGGUAUAAAGGGACUUAACAAUACCAUAAUGCAAUUAAGAAAAAUAUGUAAUCACCCAUUUGUUUUUGAUAAAGUGGAGAAAGAUUUAAAUCCACAAUAUCCAAUUUACAAUAAUGAUCUUUUAUAUCAUUUUCUAAAUUGGCGUGGUUUUAGAUAUUUACGUUUGGAUGGCACAACAAAGGCUGAAGAUAGAUCUGGGUUACUAGAAAGAUUUAAUGCACCAGGCUCACCUUACUUUGAAAGUAUAUUGGCCAGAGCACAGUAUAAACUUGAUAUUGAUGAUAAGGUUAUACAGGCUGGUAAAUUUGACAAUAAGAGUACUGCCGAGGAACGUGAAGCUCUAUUAAUGGAUAUUGAAAGGAAUCAAAAAGAGGAAGAGGAAUGGCGAAAGAAGGGCGGAAAGGGCACCAAACCUGAAAGAUUGAUUCAGGAAAGUGAGUUGCCACCGAUAUACUUGAAAGAUUAUGAAAGUAUUAUGAGAGAUGAAGAAGAGACAACCACUUUGCUUGGUCGUGGUAAAAGAGCUAGAAUUGACGUUAGAUAUGAUGAUGGUUUGACAGAGAAACAAUGGAUGAAUUCACUUGAGGAUGAUGAAAUAGAUGAAAUGAAGAGACUUGAAACAAAAAGACGCCGUAAAGAAAAAAAGAGUCAUGAAAAAUCAUUAGAACAAGAACAAGUGCAAAUGUCAUCAUCACUUAAAGUGUGA